ACCGCGUCACUUUGUCCCCAUAUAAUUGGUAAACGUCCCAGUGUGUGCCGACAGCUGGACACUUUGACUUCUGUAUUUUUAUUAAUUUUCGGUGAAUUUCGUGACAUGUUUUCUAAUCAGCUUUUUGGUAUUGGUCUGUUCUGCCUGUCGCUGCUGAAGUCGAGUCGGUGUGACGAGGAAGCCUGCGGCCCGAGUCGGUGGAGGACGCCAGCGCUGCCUCCAGACAACAGAUUCCUCAUCACUGUCAACACUUUAGGAGACAAAUACAUACCCAACCAACAGCACGAAGUAUUGCUCCAAUCGCGCAACAAAGGCGAUACGUUCAUAGCAUUCACGAUAUCAUUACUUGGUGACAAAGAGGAGAACCCCAGGAACCAACGCAGGCCCAAGUCCCUACUACCUGGCCAGUUGUACCCCGCGGGGGAGGACAUUGUGGUCCAGAAGAAUUGCAACAACACACUUAUAGAAGCCGAUAUACGACCUAAGAGUGCUGUUAAGGCACUAUGGGUAGCGCCAGCAAAAGGCAACAAAUGCGUGACAAUCUACGCGGUGGUGGCGGUGAUGGUGGACGUGUGGUACAGCCAUGAGGGCCCGCUGUCCAGGAAGGUCUGCGAGAACGAGCGCAAGGCCGAGGACAUGCAGCCGCACGAGAACAACAACUGCCAGGCCUGCGAGGAGGCCAGGUAUCAGAUGUUGUUCAUGGGCAUGUGGUCGCCCAACACGCACCCCCUGAUGUUCCCGGAGUCAGUGCACCUGGCGCGGUUCAGCGACGUGGUGGGGGCCUCCCACAACCAGAACUUUAACCUGUUCAAAUACAACUCUGAAGCCACGCCCGGACUAAAGAUGUUGGCAGAGCAGGGGAACACCACAACCUUGGAGAUGGAGAUUCAGGAAGAUCUGGGCCAAAACGUACGAACGCUAAUCAGAGCCACAGGCCCUCACAACACAUCUUCCACAACCGUGUCAAGUUUCCGCGUAAGCCCAGAGAAGCAUGUGGUGUCCAUUGCCACGGCGCUUCUGCCGUCUCCUGAUUGGUUCCUGGGCGUUUCCAAUCUAGAGCUCUGCGAUGUGAGGACCAAUCAAUGGGCGCCCAAUGUCACCCUGAACCUGUACCCUUUAGACGCUGGGACUGACAGUGGGCUGAAUUUUGAAUCGUCAAACGAAGAGACGUUGCCGCACCAUCCUAUAUCGUCAGCCAACAUCGCAAACGUGCCUCAAGACAAGAUGAAACCGUUCGCUCGUCUCCGAUUCACUCUGAUCCGAACCUACACUAAACCCAAAUGCUUGGACGUGACUACCACAACUGAGGGUGAAAAAGGUGAUGGUGGCGAUAUAAAUGAAGUUGUCCCAUCGUCCGUUGACCGAGAAGAUGUUCCUAGGUGGAGAGAAACCACACCUAAAAGCGAUGAAGUAGAAACAGAGGAGUCAACCGAGCCUUCGUUGCCCCCCCAGUGCCAGAGCGCGCUGAGCGCGUGGACGGCGUGGCAGCCCUGCGCCGGCCGCUGUGCGGGCGGCCGCAUCUCCGGCAUGGCCUUCCGCUACCGAGAGUUCAGGAAUCGCAAAUCGGAGAAGGAAUGCUUCGACUUGGUACCCAUCACAUACUACACUGACUACAAAGAAUGCGUAGAAGACUGUUCUGAAACAACCACAGAAUUAGUGGAAGAGUAGCACAGAAAAAUGGAACAAAUAUUUUUUUUCUGAACAAAUAUUUUUCUCGGAAAUUCUAUGAUAAAUGUAUUUGACUGCUAUUAAAUAGAAAAAAGACUAAGUAUAUUUGAAAAUACUUUGUUUUAUU